UUUUUCAGUGCCCCUCCAUCGGAUCCAUACGCAUGGGACGCUGCUGCUCAUGAAUCUCAUGCUGACGGUUCUACGAGUCAAAUAACUGAACAACCUUCACCGUCCAGGCCUCCGGCACCAUCAAGACCUGCACCUCCGAAGUAUCCUCGGACUGGAGCUGGUGAUGAGCAAGUUGCGGCAACUCACCUCCCUCCACCUCGACCUCCGCCUGCAUCUUCUCCAUCGGGUCCUCCUCCUCGACCUGGUCCACCAUCACCAAGACCUCCAUCACCACCAGCGGCUGAACCAGAACCUGAAGAAGAUGCAUGGACGCAGUUCAAAAAACUCACUGAC